GGAUGUAGUGCGGAGCCCGUUAGUUCUAUUGAACAAUAAAGCAAACGCUACCGGUGAAACCUUACACCACAGGCGGCAGUUUUAUGGCUUAUUUUAUUUACAAACCGUUAUGUGUUAAGUAUACCCUGCUGUCUUACAGAGAAAUUAAUAGAUCAUUAAAGGACUACAGGAAGAAGCGCGUGGUUGAAAGUUUUAUCGAUCUGCGCGCGCUUGGCGCGGUGAUGCCGAGUGAGUGAGUUGUGCGGCGCGAAUUCUCUGUUAACGGGUUCUGAAGACUCUCAACGGCUGUACUUUACUUUUCUAACGAGAGUGUAGUUCAAACCGGAGCUGACAUCUGAAAUGUAAACCGGAAUGUUACCGGAAUGUCAAGCGCAAUGACAGCUCGCUUUGUGCGGUCGUUACUCGAGGAGGGGUCAACGGUCUCAUGUCUGAGGUAAAUGUCAAAAUCUGUCGGAGUUUGUGGGUUUGUCGUUCCAGAGUGUAAUAAGAAAGGAAAAACGGAGGUAAAAUAAAAGGUUAUUACUGUGCUGAAUUCACAGUGCAACACACAGAUGCAUUAGAAAACCAAACUUAAUCUACAAGACCAGAAGGCUUGGCGCCAAAGCACUCCUGUUCAUGGAGGGCCGUUGGACCCUGCUGCUGCUGCUGCUGGGGGCAUUCCUGGUCUUCCUAACUGCUGAGGUCCGCUCGACUUCAGGCCAAGGCAUCUAUACCAACACGUGGGCUGUCCAUAUUGAAGGGGGAGCUGAGGAGGCAGAGAGGAUUGCACACAAACAUGGGUUCAUCAAUCAGGGAAGGGUCUUUGGAGACUACUAUCAUUUCCAGCACAGGGGUGUGGUGAAGAGAUCUUUGUCCAGUCAUCGUGCGGUGCAUGUUCAACUGCACGCCGAGCCACAGGUGAUUUGGGCCGAGCAGCAGAUUGCCAAGCGAAGACACAAGAGAGACAUUCACAUUGAACCAACAGAUCCAAAAUUCCCUCAGCAGUGGUACCUGUAUAAUCCUAGUCAUGGAGAUCUGAACGUGAAGGAGGCAUGGGCUCAGGGCUUCACAGGAAGAGGAGUGGUCGUGACAAUCCUGGAUGACGGCAUUGAGAAAGAUCACCCUGAUCUCGCAAGAAACUAUGAUCCUGAUGCGAGUUAUGAUGUGAAUGACAGAGAUCCAGACCCUCAGCCCAGAUAUACACAGCUGAAUGAUAACAGACAUGGGACUCGUUGUGCUGGGGAGGUUGCAGCAGCAGCAAAUAACGGUGUCUGCGGAGUGGGUGUGGCCUACAAUGCCAAAAUCGGAGGUGUGCGGAUGCUGGAUGGAGAAGUUACAGAUGUUGUGGAAGCUCAGUCCCUGAGUUUGAACUCCCAGCACAUCCACAUUUACAGUGCCAGCUGGGGCCCAGAGGAUGACGGGAAGACGGUGGAUGGUCCUGCCAAGCUGGCCAAAGAAGCUUUCCUACAGGGUGUCACCGAGGGUCGUGGUGGGCUGGGCUCCAUCUUCGUGUGGGCAUCAGGUAACGGAGGGAGAGAGCGGGACAGCUGUAACUGUGAUGGAUACACCAACAGUAUCUACACCCUUUCCAUCAGCAGCACCACACAGUACGGGAACGUCCCUUGGUACAGCGAAGCCUGUUCCUCCACCCUCGCCACCACCUACAGCAGUGGAAACCUCAAUGAGAAACAGAUUGUGACAACAGACCUGAGGAAGAAGUGUACAGACUCACACACGGGCACGUCCGCCUCGGCUCCCCUGGCUGCUGGAAUCAUCGCUCUCGCUCUAGAGGCCAACAUGAACCUGACCUGGAGAGAUAUGCAGCAUCUUGUGGUAAGAACCUCACGUCCCGCCCACCUAAUAACUAAUGACUGGAGGACCAAUGGGGUGGGGCGAUUAGUGAGCCAUUCUUACGGCUACGGUCUGCUGGAUGCCAGUACCAUGGUCGCAUUGGCCCAGAACUGGACCAAUGUGGGGCCGCAGCACAAAUGUGUCAUUAAUAUGCUGACCGAGCCAAGGGACAUCAGAAGCCACCUGAUCUUCAGCAGAUCUGUUGAGGCCUGCUCUGGGGAGCCAGACUUUGUGAGCUCUUUGGAACAUGUGCAAGCCAGACUGACCCUCUCCUAUAACCACAGAGGAAACCUGGCUAUUCACCUCAUCAGUCCUCUGGGAACUCGUUCCAUGCUGCUGGCCCCACGGCCUCAGGACAACUCUGCUGAAGGCUUCAAUGACUGGGCGUUCAUGACCACCCACUCUUGGGACGAGGACCCCCAGGGUGAAUGGACCUUGGAGAUCGAGAAUGUGGCUGGUUUUAAUGACUAUGGCGUUCUCUCUCAGUUUACCCUCAUCCUGUACGGUACCGGUUCCAGUGCAGCAGAUCUGUCCAUUUCCGACUACACUCGACCCUCAAACAACAGCUGCAAAACCUUUGACACUCAGCAGAUCUGCAUCGAAUGCAGCACGGGUUUCUCGCUUUUCUUGCAAGGCUGUGUGAAGUCCUGCCCUCCUGGCUUCAGUUCUGGACUGCAAGUCCUGAACUUGUCCUUGGACAACUGGGUGGAGCAUUCCACAGUACAGGCCUGCCUGCCUUGCCAUCCAGCCUGUGUAACAUGCUCUGGGCCUGGGGAGAGCGAAUGUAUUUCCUGCCCUCCUCACAGCCACCUUGUGGUCACUUCCUGCUUGCAUCAGAACCAGGUGCAGCGAAAAUCUCCCAACAUCCAUGUUCUCCAGCACGGGGUCAAUGGUGAGGUGGAUCCAGGCUCGGAAGGGUCCUUGCGUGAGCCUGGGGUGUCCUCGAAAUUGCCGGCGCUGGUGGCGGUGCUGAGUUGUGCCUUCAUCUUGGCGACUUUUGCAGCCGUUUUCGUGCUGCUACAGCUGCACUCUGGUGCGGCCAGCACCCCCUUCUGUAGGAGGACCAAACUGCCGGUGACGGGCACAAGCGGAGGGGGGAUCCGAGUGGGGUUUAGGUUUGGACUGGGAAGGGGGAAGGUGUCGUAUCAUGGGAUCCCCACUGUGUGGGUGGAUGAGGUGGGGGGAAUGAACUCGGAAUCUGACAGUGAAGAGCUGGAGUGUCACAGCGAAAAGACUGCUUUUAUACGGACUCAGAGUGCGCUAUAGCGCCCCCUGUAGGGCUUGAGCUUUUUAUACAUCCGUCUUCCUUGUACAGAACUAAUAAGAGUCUGCUCUGCUCAGAUUUAUAGAUUGACAGAGUUUGAGGUCUGUGUGUGAGAGAGAAAAGUCCAUAUAUGAGCUAAAUUUGUGCAGUUGCAAUUCCAUAGUUUGACUCAAAUCCGAUUAAACACAAGACAGUCUCAGCUGCGCUGACUGAUUCCCUUUAUUUUCACUUUUAUUUGUUAUAGUGGUUGGGUCUAAUGUCCUGAGAUUUAAACCACUAAACAGUAUCAAUACAACCAUGUGGGUGUGUUUGGUUAUGUGCGAUAGUGCGUAGAUGUGCUUGUGCGUGUGCAGGGUUUAAUCCUAACAUUUAUUUUUUAACAAGAAAAAGGGCUUAAAUUUGUUCCAGUGAUUUUUUUUUUAUUAAAAUUUUUGGACUGUUUUAUGCUCAAAACAUUUUUGCAGCAAGUCGAUGCACUUCUAUAACCAUCACUGCACUGUCAUUAGAUUGCUCAUCAUUUGUGGGAUAAGUCUUUAAUCCCUGACAGUAAAGUCAACGUUCAUUUCUUUCUGCUUGUCAAAGGCAGCUCUAGGACAUUUCCAGUGAUUUCAGUGAUUUUAACUGUGCAUAAUUUCAAACUAUUGCAACAACAGCAACAGAGAGAAACAUACCAGAAUGGAAUUAGAUAACAUGCACAAACCUCAGUUUGCUAAGAGCCUCCAGCAUGGUAAAAAUAAAAUACAUUUUAAAAAAAGAUCGAAAUAUUGAACUGAAACAGCUUGUAAGAUCAUCAGACGUAUGCCUCAUCUGUCAGUAAAGCUAGAUAGAGAAACAUCUUAUUUGAUUUUAGGACCUCUCAAUCAGAAAAACAUGAUAUUUAUCAAGGGGAAUGAUUUUUUGUUACAUGUCAUAAGCCCUCACAUCCUUAAGAACAGGAAUGGCAGAAGCUAAAUGUAUCACUGACCACAGCCAUUAUGCAGUUUUAAUGUAACUGUUGACUUUUAAAGAUUUGUUUGUCUCUUCUCGCUCUGAAUUAAUCAACAUGUUCCCUCACAAAUGUCUAAAAGCUGAUGUUUUCAGAAUUGGUUUUCAAUAUUACUGUUUCACAAUUUCUUUGUCUCAGAGAACAUUUUAUUGAUAUUCAGGUCUGAUUUUAACACUUAAACUUGCCUUUGCUGGCACAAAGGAGGCCUAAAGAGGACAUUUGUCAUUUGUUUUCAAAAAGUUCAAUGACAAACCUGAGAACUCGGGUGCUGUCAUAAUCGUGUGACGUUUGAGCUCUACUGAGGUAAAAUUGUGCACUACAAAUCCCAUGAUUCAACUGAACUCCAUGGCUCUGUUCCAAAAACCUUCUCUCCUGCCUACAUAGGCAGCUACCUUCUUGGGCAGCAUCCUAACUGAAAUAGAACCUCAAAAGUGACUGAUUGGGAAUGCGCUUCAUAGGCAGCAACUCAAGCAUAUUGCUAAGCUAAUGACAAAACUCUAAUAAACAUAAAGAUUACUUAGUACACACAAACCCAGUCCAUUUAUUAAUUAGAGCUACUAGAACUAUUUAUUAACAACACUUUUUUGGUGUUGAAAUAUGAAAUAUACAUGCAAGUAUACAUCAAGUUUAAAAAUGGAAGCAUACAAGUAAUGCUGCCUUAGAAUUUGGACAAAAUGAAGCCUGGUACUUUCAGACUGUCCGCGCACAGCCUAGUUUUUUUUUUUUAGUACAUCGUUGGUACAUACGCCUAGCGUUGACUUUGCUAAAGAAGUAUCACAAAGAAGUCGUAGUGUUCAUGCAUCGAAAGUGUCCAUAUGGGCUUGCAGUCAAAAGAGUACACAAUACUUUGAAAGGCUGGACGGGAUGCGGAAAAGCAUACCCUAGCCUUAAAAAGCAGCAUAAUUGUUGUUCUUUACCUUUUUGGCAACGCCGGGAGCACGUUGCCCAUGAUGCCUUUAAAUGCUGUCUGGCAGUGCGCCAGAUUUUGUAAGAGCUCAUGUGUGCCAUUUUCAGCAAUACCAAUAUUUGGAAAGACAUGAAGAGCGAUUCAUUUCAAGAGAGCUUUCAACAUUGUGUGGCGGUAUUUAACGGUUUUAUUAAACUGCUGUCAGUACUGCAGUCAUUAAAUUAAUUGCAAACAUCUGUAGAGUCUGUUUAUUUAAUAGCAUUUAAAAGUACUUGAAAAUCUGUGAUGAAAUGAGACAGGUCUGUUAUGUUUGUUACUAAAGCCAAUUUGCAGCAACAUACAUUGUAUGGGUUCCGUCGAAUAAUUCAUGUAGAGUUGCGUACAGUCAGUCUAAAUUAAUAACCCACAUAUUAUGCGCUUCGCUACUUGAAGUGUGCUGUGGUAGAUCAUAAAUAUUUCAUGCGUACUUGAUAUGAUGGCCUCGACUUUUCAUGUUUCCAUGGCGGCGGAGAAAAGCUUACUUUUCCUCACAGCUCCCAGAAGAGGGAGAUCUAGUUUAUAGAAAUGGCACAUUUAAACUGCUUUCCAUAAUUAGUUCAGCUGGGAGGAAUGUGAUCUCCUAUUCAAUGCCUGAAGCUUCUGCCUACUUGGCAUUAUAAGUGAAACUGGGACUGCUACAUACAUACAUACUAAUUGAACAAUAAGACGGAUGGUCCAGCUACUCGUGAAAGAGGUGUCAUAUUGAUUUCUCAUCUUCAGUGAGCACUUCUGAGGGAAUAUUGAAAAAUACAUUAAGAUGGGUGCACAGCUCUCUUGCAUUGAUUUGCCAACUAAUGUAUUGAGUGUGUCUUUGACUAAUAGUACAAGAAUGGGCGCUGUUGUCAGUUCACUUUGUUCACUCUUUUUCUGAGCCUUUUCUCUUUUUUUACUUCCGUGGAACACAAUAGAAGUUGAGAAAAAUAUCCAAGUUUUCAUAUAAUGAAUGUAUACAGAGCUCAAAAAAUGAUAAAAAAAUUUUUUUUUAUAAAAUUUAAAAAAUAGUCUAUAUAACUUCUGUGCUACAUUCCAAGUUUUCUGAAACCAUUCAAUAGCUUUUGUGUAAGGAACAAACCAAAAUCUACUGUAGGUCAAAGUUUCCCAUCCGCAGCAGCUCUCAUAACUAUUUUGCACAAAAAUGUAAACACCUUUACCAUCAUUCUUACCAGUUCAUCCAAUGUGUGUGCAUGCCUGUUUUAAGUUUUGAUGUAAAAAGCAGAGAAUAAUCAGAUGAUUUCAAACCUCAUGUAAACACGAUUUUCUUUUGUUGUCGGAUUUUUUGAAGAAGCUGAUUUUUGGUAGUUAUCAGCGUAUUGGUGUUCAUGUAAAUGCACUCAAUGGGCCUCUUUCAUGAAACUUUAGUAAAUAUAUGAGUACAUUUAGAGUAGGCCUAAUUUGUGCGUAAAACUGACCUUCCUGAAAAUUUUCCGGCAGAUUCACAAACGCUUCGUACUCCCCAGAUUUGUUAGUUAAAUGUGUGUAUGUUAGUGAAUUCCAAACAUUCGUAAAUAGGGGGCAAACAGUUCAAGAAGUCAAUAAAAAUGUUUUUUUUAA